AUGGAUUUAGAUAUUUGCUUUCGACUAUAUGCUCUUGUAGCACUUAUUGAUGAAAGCAAUAUGGAUGUAAGGAUUCUCCAUGAAAGAUGGGAGAGAUCUAAUAGAUUGUCUUUAUCAUUCAUGUUACAACAUGUGCCUAGAGCUAUUAGACGUCAUGUAACUUCUAAUACUGUGGUGAGUGUUUACAUAGAAAUGAUUAAAUAACAUUUUUUUGUGUCUGGCAAAGUCAAAGUAGGUGCCUUGGUUCAAAAGUUUACUUCCAUGCACUAUACAGGGAAAAGAAACAUAUGGGAGUACAUCACGGCCAUGCAUGACAUCGUAGGAAAAUUAAAUGAUCUGAAGAUUACUAUUCUUGAGACCUUUUUGGUCCAUUACAUCUUGCAAACACUACCAACAAAAUAUGACCUUUCUAAGGUCUCCUAUAACACAUAUAAUGAUGAAUGGUCAAUGAAUGCUCUCAUAACCAAGUGUGUUCAUAUGAAAAAAAGAUAA